ACCCCGGCCACUAGGGGGCACUGAACGAAGGUUAACUUAGACCAACAGGAACUAAAGUAAGCUCGUAAUCGUUGGGAAGCUUUUCGUUAAUAAGGUAAAUAAAUUAAGUCUUUAAUAGCGUCGUGAGGCCUUCGUCUGAUCUACAGUUAAGGAUGGGCUUCUAGGACCAAAUCCUCUUUAAAUACAGACGACAAACGGCUUCGCCAUGUCAGCCGACGGGGAGCUCAGCGCAGAAACAACCAACCAAAACAAACUGGUAAGACCGAAGGUAGAGUUCUGCUCAUUGCUCCAACACGCCGGAGCCACCAAAGAUGUUUUCACCAUGAAGGAGGUGAUGUUUUAUCUGGGUCAGUACAUCAUGCAGAAGCAGCUGUACGACCCGAAGCAGCAGCACAUCGUCCACUGCGCUCAGGACGCUCUGGGCCGAGUUCUGGGCGUCGACAGCUUCUCUGUGAAGGAGCCGCGGGUUUUGUUCGCAAUGAUCACAAAGAACCUGGUGGCCGUGAAGAACCAAGAUUCAUGUAAUGACUUGAGUGAAGGUCCCAACAGCCAGACGGACAGAGAGACGGAGGAAGGAGCCUCAGAAAGCCGCUCCUCCUCUACAGGCCAGAGAAGGCGGCGGCGGAGGACGAAUCCAGGACCCUCCCACAGCGCAGAGGGGGAGGAGGAGGAAUCGGCAGAGGACGACGAGUCAGAUGACAGCAGGAAGAGGCGGCGCUCGGACAGCUACUCGCUGACGUUUGACGACAGCCUGUCGUGGUGUGUGAUUGGUGGAUUGGGGAGUGGGCGGGACAGACUCAGCAGCCAAUCAUCGGACUCGCACAGCACGUCGGGCAGGUCAGACGUGACGAUCGGCGCUUCAGACUCGGACAGCGACAACUUCAGCGUCGAGUUUGAGGUGGAGUCUGUCGACUCUGACGAUUAUAACGAGGACGACGCAUCUCUGUCUGCUGAUGAUCAGGUGUACGAGGUCACCAUCUUCGAGGCUGAGGACGACGACUCCUUUGAUGAAGACACUGAGAUCACAGAGGCGGAUUACUGGCGCUGCGCCAAGUGUGACGAGCUGAACCCGCCGCUCCCCAGACACUGUCUGCGCUGCUGGAAGCUCCGUCAGGAUUGGCUGCCUGAGGCCACCUUCAACCCCAAAGCACUGCCGUCAAAGCCAACCGACCAAUCAGCUGCCAAGGAAGCUGCAGGGUCGGAUGUGGAAGAGAGCGAAGGAGUCGACGUUCCGGAUGGAAAAAGAGCCAAAAGUCCUCUAAACUCCCAGGGUUUGUCCGACUCGUCUGCACCGAACUCGCAGGACCUGCUCUGCUCCUCCCAGCCUUCCUCGUCUUCUCAAGAGAAGCUCUGGAGAAGCUCUGAAUCUCAGCCUUCAUCUUCCUUCUCCUCAGGCGACUCCCAGGAGCUCCUCCCCUGUUCUCCCUCGCUGUCGCUGGAGCGCAGCGUGUCGGCCGAGUCCAGGCUGCCGGACUCGUGCCUGGACCCCUGUCUCAUCUGUCAGUCGCGGCCGAAGAACGGCUGCAUCGUCCACGGCCGGACGGGACACCUGAUGUCCUGCUACAUCUGUGCCAGGAAGCUGAAGAAGAGGAACAAGCUGUGCCCGGUGUGCAGGAUGCCCAUCCAGUCGGUGGUCCUCACCUACCUCAGCUGAGUCGUCGUCCGUCAGCCGGCCGGCCCACCUACCUCACCUCCAGACCCCCGGAAUGUUCCAGUUCAACAAUAAAGCUGAACUUACUCACAGCUGGGCUUCAAUUUACUCUACGCAAAUUAAUUUCCUUAAAUAUGUCUAAUUUUAAUGAUUAUUUGAACUAAAUGUAAAGAGAUCUGCCAAAAA